AUGAAAUCCAAGGCUUUCUUCAGUGACCCGACGAGCAUUGUCGACCAUAUGUGCAAGUCACUCGCACAACAGAACCCCAGUCUUCGAUACGAUGCCAGCAACAAAGUCUUAUAUCGCCCAACCAGCCAUACCAGUACAAAAGUCAGCAUCAUCAGUGGCGGUGGCUCGGGCCAUGAGCCCGCCCACGCAGGAUAUGUCGGCGAAGGAAUGCUCGACGCAGCAGUGUGCGGAAAAGUAUUCGCUUCACCAAACUUUGAUCAAAUCAUGUCGGCCUUUGAUCGUGUUGCCACACCGCGAGGAAUCCUCGUGAUCGUCAAAAACUACACUGGCGAUAAGCUUAAUUUUGGCCUUGCCACGGAGACAUAUCAAGCACAGACAGGAGUGCCAACCCACAUUGUGACUGUGGCUGAUGACGUCUCUGUGCCCUAUUCUCGGGGAAAGCUAGUGGGCCGCCGUGGCCUGGCUGGCGCAGUCCUGGUUCACAAAGUCAGUGGUGCAGCCGCAGCUAGUGGACUGGGCCUGGCAGAGGUUGCUAAGGUUGCCCAGCAUGUCUCCGACAAUAUGGGUACAAUUGGAUGCUCAUUGGAUUAUGCCAAUCUCCCUGGCGGCGUUGAUCUGCCUUCCAUUCCGGAAAAUACGAUUGAGUUGGGAAUGGGUAUUCACAACGAGCCUGGAGCUCAGCGAAUCUCACCACAGCCCACCAUUGAAAAGUUGGUUAGCCAAAUGGUCAAGCUCCUCCUGAAUGAGGAUGACCCAGAGCACGGAUUCCUCAAAUUCCACGGAAUACCUCACAACAAGUCGGAGCUGGCUCUGAUGGUGAAUGACCUUGGUGGUCUAUCCGUUCUCGAACUACAGGCCAUUGCGAAUGUCGUGCUGGAAUGUUUAAAAGAAGAGUACAGCAUUAAGCCAGUGCGAAUAUACGUCAACACAUACCUGACAGCCCUGGAUGCCCCGGGAUUCAGCAUCACCAUCGCCAACCUCACAUCUCAACUGUUUUCAUCUGAUAUUAACCUGCUUUCCUUGCUUGAUGCGCCCGUGAAAUCAAACACUUGGGCCACCUGCCAGCCUUUGCCUGAAAUCGCCCAGGGAACGCGGACACCAGAACAGGAGGAACGGCCUCGCUCCCCCAAGCUUAACCAGGAGAUCCUGUGUAACAAACGUGUCUUCAUGGCGAUCCUCGAUAAUAUUCUCACCCAAGUGACAGCGGACGAGCCAAACCUCACAGAAUACGAUACCUUAAUGGGAGACGGCGACUGCGGCACCACACUACUAGCAGGGGCAACAUCCGCCCACGCUUUGAUUGAACAGAAUGACGAAAGCCUUGCAAACCUAGUCAAGGGCCUAAUGAAAGUAGCCUCGUCAGUCCGUAGCGGGAUGGGCGGAACAUCAGGAGCUCUAUACGGCAUCUUUCUGAACUCGUUCGUCUCCGCCGUACAAAAGAACCACGGAGACAUCAAAGCCGUGAACAUUCAACUUUUCGCCAAGAGCGCAACUCAAGCCUUGGAAACACUCAAGGGAUACACCAAUGCGCGUGAAAAUAGCCGGACCCUGAUGGACGCGUUGAUUCCCUUUGUGAAUGAGAUGUCGACUGCGGUAUUCACAGAUAAUGAGACUGCUGCAAAUGCACUCAAGAGAGGACUGAAGGCUGCUCAGGAUGGAGCGGAGGCGACUAAGUGGAUGCAAUCCUCGUUUGGCCGAUCAACCUAUGUGGGUGCCAGUGCUGGAGAUGAGAACCCAACCAAGGGUAUUCCGGAUCCAGGUGCCUGUGGUAUUGUGGCAAUUAUCACCGGUAUCCAGAAGGCAUUCUCAGUUCCUAAUUAG